AUGCCCCGUUUGGGAGGUGUCCACAAUCGGCUCACCGAAAAAAUUGAAGCCCUACAAAUAAUCUCGAUCAUAGGUAUGGGCGGGCUGGGCAAGACAACUCUAGCUAAUAAGGUUUAUAAAAACCCUAUAGUUUCGCAUGAAUUAUCAACUCUCGCCUGGAUUUAUGUAUCUCCAACUUAUAGCAAAGAUAAAUUGUUCCUUUCCAUUCUGAAAGGUGUUACUCAAGUCACAAGCGACAUGUCUAGCAUGGUUGAAGACGAGUUGGCUGAAGAAGUCCGUCGCCAACUCACUUGGAAAUAUCUAGUUGUUUUGGAUGAUGUGUGGGAGAAGAAGGACUGGGAUAGCAUUAAAAAGGCUUUCCCCAACCACAAAAACGGAAGCAGAAUCUUGCUAACGACUCGAUUCAAACUUGUGGCUGUGCAUGCCGAUCAGCAUAGCCUGCCAUAUGAAUUGGAUUUUCUGACUCAACCUCGAAGUUGGGGGCUGCUCCAGAAGAAGGUUUUUGAUGGAGGAGAUUGCCCUCAAGAAGACUUGAAGGAUGUUGGAAUUCGAAUAGCGGUACAAUGCGAUGGUCUACCACUCGCGGUUGUGGUAAUUGCUGGAAUGCUUCAAAAUGACAUAUCCAAGGAUGCGUGGGAGACUAUAGCUAAAAGUGUCAAAGCAUUCCUUGUCUGGAAGGAAGAGGAUUUGAUGGAAGUGCUAGCUCUUAGCUACUAUCACUUACCGCCUCACUUAAAAGCAUGCUUCCUUUAUUUUGGAGUCUUCCUACAAGACUGCAAGAUCCAUUUCUGGAUACUGAUCCGAUUAUGGAUCGCUGAGAGAUUUGUACAAACAUCUGAGAAUGUAUGCUAG